AUGACCACCGCUACUGAUGGAGCUCCCUUGGAGCUGAAAAACUCCCUCAAAGAAGACCCCGAGCGGCCAGAUGAGAUCGCCGGUGAGGCUAUGGAUGUGGUGCUGGAUCCUAAGAAGGAACAGAAGCUCCUCGCCAAGUUGGACACUGCGUUCGUCCCAAUCAUCAUGUUGACCUACCUGUCCUGCUUCCUUGACAGAUCCAACAUCGGUAACGUCAAAGUCGCACAUAUGCCGGAGGACAUCAACGCUUCGGAGAGUCAGUUCUCGACCGCCGUGUCGAUUUUCUACGUGACAUAUGUCCUCUUCGAGGCUCCCUGGGCAGUGUUGAUGAAAAAGCUCACCCCUCGGAAUAUCCUGACAUGUCUCUGCAUUAUCUGGUCAUUGACCACUAUCUUUACGGGCUUUAUUGAAUCGGUGGGCUCUCUCUACGCGACUCGACUGAUCCUAGGAGCUUGUGAAGCGGGUCUAUUCCCCUGUCUCAAUCUUUACUUGACUAUGGUGUACCGCCGUGAAGAACAAGCAAAGCGCGUCUCCUACUUGAUGAGCUGUGCGGCAAUCUCUGGGGCUGUUGGGGGCCUUCUGGCUUACGGGCUAUUGCAUAUGGACGGAAUUGGGGGCAAGGCUGGAUGGAGAUGGGUAUACAUCAUCGAGGGUUUGUUCAGCGCCCUAUGCGCCCUCCUCAUUUGGUUUGGUCUGCCCAACAAUCCCGCCGAAGCCUACUUUCUCAACGAAGAAGAGAGGUGGAUGAUGAGGGUGCGCAAUGAACAGCGUCGCAAAUAUAUGGGCAGUGACAAGUUCAGCUGGGAGGAGAUGCGCAUUGCACUCAGCGAUCCCAAGUUAUUCUUCAGCGGUGUGAUCCAAUUCUGUCAGGACAUUCUUCUCUACGGGUUCAGCACAUUCCUUCCCACCAUUCUGGGGGGUAUGGGCUAUGACUCGCUGAUGAGCAAUGUCUUGACAGUGCCCGUCUAUAUCUGGGCUGCAUUGAUCUUCAUUGCAAUUGCGUUUUGUUCUGAUCGCUACUCCAAGUUUGCAUCGUACAUCUUUGCGGCAAAUAUCUUUGGAAUCAUCGGAUAUAUCCUCCUCCUCACGGUGAAAAACACCGCGGUGCUCUAUUUCGCCACAUUCCUUAUAGGUAUCACCACCUAUACCUCUGUCGGGCUCAAUGUGGCCUGGCUGAAUGUGAAUAUCGCCCCUCAAUAUCGCCGCGCUCUCGAGAUCGGAUUACAGCAGACGAUGGGAAAUUGUGCUGGUAUUGUUGCAGGGCAAGUCUAUCGCACUUCUCCCUAUGUUCUUGGCAAUGCUUUCUCGCUUGGGUCCCUUGUGGUGGCCCAAAUCACGGUCGCUGGGUUCGGAUUCUACCUGCGUCGAGAGAAUAGAGUCAAAGAACAGAUUGCCAGCGGCGAGAUAGAAGAUACUCGGCGUAUCCGCACUGGUGAUGCCGAGGUGGAGUUCAAAUACAUCUACUAG